AUGUCCGAACCUAUCAUCCAACCCAUCUUCGAGCUCACCACAGGCACCUUCCAAUACACCGUUACGGGUCGUUCAAGCCGAGCUACCGUCAUUAUCGAUCCUGUGCUAGACUUCGACCCUUGCACCUCCAGCAUCAGCACCAAAUCUGCCGACACUGUGCUCUCUGUUAUCCAUGAUAAACACUACAAGGUAGAAUACAUCCUUGAAUCCCAUGCGCACGCCGAUCAUCUCAGCUCUGCAUCAUAUCUCCAAGCACAGCUAAGCAAGACCAGCACGAGACCUCAGAUUGGGAUCGGGAAAGGCAUUAACCAGGUUCAAGCCAUACACCUACCCGGCCAUACGCCCGACCACAUCGGCUACUCAAUUGGCUCCAACGUCUUCUGGGGCAGUUCCCUCUUCCGCCCCUUCAUAAGCGCUGCUCGUACCGACUUCCCCGGCGGCAGCGCCAUUGACCUGUGGUCGGCUGCUCAGAAACUGCUCGCCUUACCUGACGACACGAAGAUCUGGGUGGGACAUGACUACCUGUCCGGGGUCAGAGCGCCGGUGCCAUUCAUGACGGUGUCGCAGCAUAACGGGGAGAACAGCCAUGUCAAGAUGGGUUUAGCAAGGGACGAGUUCGUAAAGAUGAGGCAGAACUUACAGAUCAACAUCAGGGGUAGGAGACUGCCGAAGGUGGACGAGGGGGGACGAAUGAUAUUGAGCGUACCACUUAAGACAGAUGGUGUGAAUACUUGGUAG